UAACAGCGCCGCCGACCGUUCAUGAAUGAACCCAAGCUAAGACUAUUAGACAUUCGAAUGAAAAAUGUUUAUGUUUCUAUGGAGCGUUUAUUAGUUAAUUCAAAUUCUUUAAGACCCUAAAGCACGGAUACCAACAAUGACGUUACAUACAAUAUCAGAUCUUCAACAUUCCUCGUAAAAAGAUGUCUUCUUCGUCUUCUUCAUGGCGUCCGAAUCCAAACGCCAAACCGUUUCAUCCGAAUUCAGCAUUUUACAGCAUUUCAGUUCCAUGCAAAAAAGCUCCUUUACGCGUCCAAAAAAGAGGGAUAUUCGGACGUGUAGUUCAAUGGAUUCUAGUGGUAGUUCUAUGUGUAACUGUAGUUAUCAACAUAGCAUUUAUCCUGGAUACGACAGCCAAGGCGAGAGAAAACAAUUUCAAAAUGGAGAAGGACGCGUAUGAGGACAAGAACCCACUCGAGAAAACAAUUAAAUCAAUGGAAGAAAAUGAGAGUCAUAAAAUUCAUAUUCAAAUUUAUUCAAGCAAAGAUUCAGCUGUCAUAACAGUUGAUGGGACAAAGGUCUUAGUAGCAACUGACCCAGAAAAGGGGCGUGGCAUAAGUGCAGUGGUCUUAAACCAAGCCACCGGUGCAGUUAUGGCCACCAGAACAUUCGAUACCUACUCAUCGAAAGAGGACUCUGAUUCACUGGUGCUGUUUGUCAAUAUGGUAUCUGAUGGACGAAUUCUUUGCUUUACUGUGAAGGAUGAAGGUUCAAUGUCUUUAAAAACUACUGCCAGAAAUUUAAUGAGAAUUCUUGGAAGUGAGAACUUUGGCCGCUUUGGCUGGCGUGACACUUGGGGUUUUGUUGUUCAGAAGAAAGGAAAAAGAUAUGCAGAAGGCUUUCAAAAGUCAAAAUCGCUUGACACCUGGGCUGAGCCUGUUUCUUUUGAGGUGGCAGUACCAUUGCAGUUGGUGGAAGAGAGUGAGUGUCAUUGGGAAGAUACAGAGGGCAAUAGAAGACGGAAAGACUUUUGUAGUAAAUAUGAAGGAUAUGGAAGUAUAUGCAGCUGUUCAAACCCAGCGGCUAUCGACAUCAAAGCAGAGUCUCUACCUAAUAACCAACAGCUUGAGCUUCCAGUAGCAGUGAUAGCCAGUAACAGACCUCAUUACUUGUACAGGAUGUUAAGGUCAAUGCUAUCUGCCGUGGGAGCAAAGCCUGAUAAAGUGACUGUAUUUAUCGAUGGUUAUUUUGAGGAACCACUGGCUGUGGCGAAACUGUUUGGUGUUAGGGGAAUACAGCAUACACCAGUCAGCAGUAAAAAUGCAAGAAUAGCUCAGCAUUAUAAAGCAAGCCUUACAACAACCUUCAACCUGUAUCCCAAAGCAGAGUACAUGAUCAUUCUAGAAGAAGAUUUGGACAUGUCUCCCGAUUUGUUUAACUAUUUCCAACAACUUAUUCCUCUGAUGAAUGUGGAUGACAGUAUUUACUGUAUAUCUGCUUGGAAUGAUCAGGGUUAUGAUCACACAGUAGGCGACAAGGCCAUGCUAUAUAGAGUGGAGACCAUGCCAGGAUUAGGCUGGGUAUUAAAGCGUAAACUCUACAAAGAUGAGCUUGAACCGCAAUGGCCAACACCAGACAAGUUCUGGGACUGGGACAUGUGGAUGCGACUACCUGAGAUACGAAAGGGUCGUGAAUGUAUCAUACCAGACAUUUCGCGGACAUAUCACUUUGGUACCAAGGGAUUAAACAUGCAUCCGUAUUUCCAGGAAUUGUACUUUAAAAAACACGCUUUGAACACUGAACCUAAUGUCAAAUUAAACAUAGAAGUUAUGAAAAAAGAGAAUUACGAGAAAGAGAUUGAACGAUUUUUCAGUAUUGCUGAAGUGCUCGACCACUCCAAGAAUCCGUGCGCAAACUCAGACUUUAUCCCCCAAACAAAAGGAAAGACUUAUGUAUUUUAUAUCAAAAUGGAUCACCCGACUGACUGGGUAACCUGGAAUAGCGUAUCAAAAUGCCUUCAUAUCUGGGACUUGGAUGUUCGUGGUUUCCACAAGAGCAUGUGGAGACUAUGGUUUAAUAGUAAUCAUAUUCUAAUUGUAGGUUCUCCUGCUUCUCCUUAUUCCAAGCAUAAGCCGUCGAAUGUGAAUCCUAUAUAUAUUCCUAAGAAAGAGACACCAAAACUAAGAUAAUAACAAAGUUUGUUUUUAUAUGUCAGAAACUCGACGGACAAAAUCUGUUUGUGAUACCGUGGCUUCCAAAAUGCUGUAUUUUUUUCAAAGUUCUCGCUGCUCGYACAUCUUCAUUUGGAGUAACCUAUUUUCGCGAAAAAAAGCCUUUAUAUAUCACCGCAUUCAUUUUUUUUAUCAAAAAAAAAGUUGGACUAGAAGACGUAAUAUAAACAAAACGAAUAACAAUCCGAAGUCAUGAUGAAUUUUUCGAGUUCUUUUUGCUCCUAGAACGCGCCUGUAUCCGUCAUUUAUGCGAUGCCGGAAUGCAAUUAUUUACAGGACAAAUCUGAAAUAUUGUUAGCCUUCUGCAUUUUCCAGUCAAUUUCCAGAUUUUGAUGCAAAUAUUUAGGCUGUUGUUUUGUAGGCUAUAAUUUUCUUGAGCGGUUUCGAAGUUAACGAAAAAAAAUGUGCGCGCUCUUUUUUAUUUUAAGAGAAUGAAUAUAAUAUUAUACGAUUAAACUAAAAA